UGACUCUUUCCCCUCCAUUGCCAUCUCAUUCUCUGUUCCGCAGGCCAUUCGAACCUCUCUCCACCACCUUUCAUGCCCCUUCGCUUCGGCGAUCGUGGUAACAGUUUGACAGCAUUUCUCUUUAUAUUUGUACACAUACACUCUCCAUACUCAGUCGAGGACUCGGGUCUGCUUUAUUGCUGACUUGAGGAGACGCCGCGUCCGCAGAGGACAUCCCCAAUUACCAUAGCGAUGUCAUCAAGCGCCACUUCAAGUCCGGCAUCGAGCAAACUUCUCCCUCCCUCGAGUUCUUCCAAUUACUCCCAGGCGCCUUCCUCGACAGGUGCUGAUCUUUCCUCCAAACGAAGUCUGAGCUCCGGGAGCUUUGGUGCCGGUGCUUCAACGCGUCAGUCUUCCCAGGCGCGUGGGAAUCAACCCCUCCGAAAGCAACACAAAGGCCAAAGGAAGCCGCGUCUCCUGGUGGAUGAGGAUGCCCUUGGGGAGUCUGGCGCCAUGAGGUCAAUCAACAGCCGGAAGGGUCAGACAUCCAUCACCCACUUGAUGAACUUUAGCCUCCCUCCACGUCCUCAGCAUCACUACCAGCAUCACUUCAACAAUCGACAUCAAAGACGCAAUCCUACUUUCGGGCUAGGAUCGGGAUAUCAUGCUGUUGAUAAAGCUCGCUAUGUUCACUCCAACUAUCGUUUCAUUGUACGCCCCGACCGGGAUUACCACCCUCAGACAGUUGAUGCGGAUAUAUACGUUGACUGGGAUGCCGUAUUACAAGUACUGGCUUCAGCCGAAACGCAAGAUGCAAGCUGUCCAAUAUGUCUGUCUACACCUGUUGCGCCCCGCAUGGCGAAGUGUGGUCAUAUCUUCUGUCUACCAUGUCUAAUACGAUACAUGCAUUCCGCGGACGAUGAGAAAUCUGGCCCUGAGAAACGAGCCAGAUGGAAAAAGUGUCCAAUCUGUGAAGACAGCAUAUACAUUUCCGAGGCACGGCCAGUCAGAUGGAUUGCUGGCCACGACGCCAGCAUGCUCAAAGAAGGUGGAGACGUGCUACUCAAGCUUCUGAAACGUGAACCAGGCAAGACACUUGCACUUCCUCGAGAUACUGCCGACGGAUAUGGACGAUCUGACGAUAUUCCUUGGUUUCAUGUUGCUGAAAUGAUGGAGUAUGCUCGUUUCAUGAAAGGCGGCGAAGACUACAUGGCUUCUCAGUACGGCCGGGAAUUGGUUGACCUCGAAACUCAAGAGAGGGAAGAUGAGCUGAUGUUUGGCGACGAGAACACCUGGACUCGCAAAGCUGUCCUAGCGGUUGAGGAUGCCAAACAGAAGCUGUCAGGCUUGGGUAACCCUCCGCCAGCCUCUUCGACAUCGACGAAACCCGUGGACAUCCCCGAGUCAUGGGAUUCUGCUGCCACGGAGGGUCAAUCGUCCCUGACCACUGCCAUGAAAUCUCUGUCUGUCGAGCUAGCGCCUGGUAGAAUCCAGCCUCACACCCUCGCGAACAAGCGCCAGCCUGAUCCCGAGCGUCCUCAGUCACAUCCUUUCUAUUUCUAUCACGCCAUGCCCAAUUUCUUUCUUUCACCACUGGAUAUACGCAUUCUGAAGACAGCUUUCGGCGAUUUUUCUGCUUUUCCAUCAACCAUUCUUCCACGAGUAGAGCACAUCUCUACAGGACACAUCAUAGAUGACGACUUGCGGAAACGCGCCAAAUACAUGGCGCAUCUGCCGUACGGCUUCGAGGUCACCUUUUUGGAAUGUGACUGGACCGAGACGGUCAGUCCGGUCAUUCUGGAACAAUUUUCAGACGACAUUGCAAAGAGGAGGAAGCGCAACUCUGAAAAGGAGGCGCGAGAAGAGAGGGAUAGAAUACGUGCCGAGAAAGAAGAGGACGAUAAACGAUGGGCACCGGCCCCAAGAAGGCGGCGGGGCAGUUCUGCACCCAGGAGUUUCAGCGAAUCAGACUUUCGCCCCUUGGUCGACGCGAAUACUCACCCAAGCUCGUCUCCGGGUGAGUCAGGCUUUGCUACGACACCUCCUUGGAACACGAGAACACAUUCAUCCUUUGCAACUUUGGCCACGCCCGGGACGAGUCCGGACGCUCCAAGGACGGUUUGGGGCACAACAGCUAUUGUACCAACCUCACCAUCAAUGCUUGCUGCUCCUGAGCCAGCUGCAGCACAGGAUGAUGGUUGGCUUCAAGGGUGGGAGAGGGAUUUGUUGGAUGACACUGAUGCUGUCGCCAUGGUGGAAGCCAGUCUGAGCAACGACGUAGGCCGUGCGGCUGGUGGCUCAUCGAAGAAAGGCAAGAAGAAGAAGAUCACGCUCAUGUCGACAAACAAUCGAAGAGGUGCAUGAUGAGAAUGCUGCUGCACGAUAACGAUUCAUGUCUUGUGUAUAUAGUGACGCCCUUUGCAGAGUGGCCAGAAUGGACACCUGCCAUUACAGCUGUCAAUAAACGAGCCUUGUAUGGCUCUCAAUAUCCGUCCAUGAACAUACCUCGGUAGCUGGUACUGUAGGUUAGUGUGUAUUAGUCUGUAGGUGGAAGAUUGUUUUGGUGUGAACAAACCUUAAUGGAUAAAAUGGUUUUUUCCAUCCGG